GUUCAGUGCGCUGUUGUCGCUGUCGAUAGCCGCGUCGUUUGUCAAUAAUUGCUUACAAAAAAUAAAGUAAAAAACGCGAUUUUAUUAAUUUUGUUUGUUUGCGCUUGUAAAGAAAAGUGUUUUGUUAUAGUUAAGUUAAAACUUAAACAAAUGCGAAUGAAAACCAAAACUGAAUUAAAGACUGUGCCUGCGUGUGUGUGUGUGUGAAGAAUAACGGUAUACCAACAGCUGAGCUAACAUGACCUAAUUCAGCGUUUGCAGUCAGGACCACAGCCUUAGCCUGUACAACAACCCAAGCCCAACAGCAGCAGCAGAAGCAGCAGCAAUUAGUCAGGAUACGCCAACACUUUGAGUGGUUUCGCCGCUUGUUUGGCUUCCUUCCGACUGGUUAUUUAAUUAAUUUUUUUGUUUGUUGUUUUUUUUUGUUGUUGUUUGUUAAUUGUGCAAUUGACUGCGGGCUAAUUAGCUUUCGGCAAUUCAAUGGAUCAGCUGUGUCUGCUGGGGCUAAGCGCUCUGCUGUUAAUUGUAUUACUUUAUGGCCUGCUGGAGCUGCAUUACUUUCUGCGCAUGUGCCUCUGUGUGCUGCUGGCGCGAUUUGUGAAACGCUCCUGCCACAUUCUGGAGUCCACCACGGUCAAUGGCAUCUGUCUUAGCAACGAUGUGGACACACUGCUCUAUCAUAUGAACAAUGCGCGUUACUUUCGUGAGCUGGACUUUGCUCGCGUGGAUUUCUAUGAGCGCACCAAGCUCUAUCGCACCAUCACACGCUUGGGCGGCUCUGUUUUCCAGGGAGCGGCCACCAUACGCUAUAGACGCUUCAUACGGCCCUUUCAUCGCUUCAAGAUUGUGUCCAGGAUUGUUUACUGGGAUGAGCAGUCGCUGUUUAUGGAACAUCGAUUUGUGCGGCCAUCGGACAAGUUUGUGCACUGCAUUGUCAUUUGCAGGCAGCGCGUCAUUGAUGUUUCCAUGGAUGCAGUAAUGGCUGAGCUGCUGCCCAAGACGGCUGCCACACCGCUGCAGGCUUCCAGGCAUACGCUCAGCUCCACGGCCAGUCUGCAUCCGGCGGGUGUGGGCAAUACCACGCCGGUGCCUGUGCCGGUGCCGCCGCCGCCCUCCGUGCCUGUUGCUGUCGCCACUGCGCUGGAAGCGGAGAAUGGUCAUGUCUUGAGUGCGAACAAGUCGAAGCCACCGCUGCCGCCAGAGCUCUGCAAGUGGAUUGAAUACAAUGACAUGUCAAGCAAGAAUCUGCGCAGCGGCUGCUGACCACGCCCACCCAAUUGUAAAUUAUUAACGCCCCUGCGCGCUAAAGCGUCAAAUGUACUAUCAAUGUAUAUACCUAUGUCUUUGUGUGCGUGUGUCUGCGUCUGUUGUAAACAAGUUUGUGCAUGUCUGUAACUGUAACUGUAACUGUUAAGCCUAAUCUAAGCUAUAACUGUAAAUGUGUAGUAUUGAAUACUAAAAUCUGUAACUUAACUAAUAUAUGUAUAUGUUAAAUUUAAGUAAACCAAAGCGUGUAACCUGCAAAGGACGCGCAUAGGUGCAGUCAUUUGCUAAUGGUGUGAAACUUUGCUAACGCAUUCAGCUGAUUCUGAGCGUGCCAAGAACAGCAAACAAAAGAAAGAGAGAGAAGGCAUAAUUACUUUUCAACUAACCACAGUACAAUAUCAGUCAUAAUCCCAAAACAAUGAAUUCAUGAAUCUUA